UUGCUUAUUCAUUCACAGUGGGAAAGCGCCAGCCGAGCGGUCAGCCAGUGUGCGGCUGACCAUGUAAGGCCCCCAGGCGGUCCUGCCUGCCCGUGCCCUGCGGAAAGCCUCCUGCGGCCUUGGGCACCGCCCCUGCCCUGCCCUGCCCCCUUGGCCUCGAAAUGCUGUCAUCGGAGGAGCCGUCCCGCUCGGGACAAGGCCAGGAUGGACAAAGCUAGAGCUUGGGCAGGCAAGGAGCCGUCCUGUCCUCGAGGCCGUGGGAAGAGAAGCACGCACCGGGGCCCACUCCUGAGAGCCUCUCUGCCCACCAGGCCACUGCAGAGGGGCCACCAUGGCUCUGGCCCAAGCCGGCAGGCAGCUGGUGACCCUGGUGUGGGGCGCCUGCCUGUGCGCCCUGGUGCACGGACAGCAAGCACAACCAAGACAGGGCUCGGACCCGGGGCGCUGGCGGCAGCUGAUCCAGUGGGAGAACAAUGGGCAGGUGUAUAGCCUACUCAACUCGGGCUCCGAGUACGUGCCUGCAGGGCCUCAACGAGCCGAGAGUAGCUCCCGGGUACUGCUGGCGGGCGCACCCCAAACUUCGCACCGGCGCAGCCAGGGGGGGCUCCGGCGUCGGCAAGCGCCGUCCCUGCCCCUGCCAGGACGCGUGGGCUCGGACACUGUGCGCGGCCAAACGCGGCACCCCUUCGGCUUCGGCCAGGUGCCCGACAACUGGCGCGAGGUGGCCGUCGGGGACAGCACCGGCAUGGCCAGGGCCCGCACCUCCGUCUCCCAGCAACGGCACGGGGGCUCCGCCUCCUCCUCGGUCUCGGCCUCGGCCUCGGCCUUCGCCAGCACCUACCGCCAGCCGUCCUCCUACCCGCAGCAGUUCCCCUUCCCUCAGGCGCCCUUCGUGAGCCAGUACGAGAACUACGACCCCGCGUCGCGGACCUACGACCAGGGCUACGUGUACUACCGCGGUGCUGGAGGCGGCAUGGGCGCGGGGGCGGCGGCCGUGGCCUCGGCGGGGGUCAUCUACCCUUUCCAGCCACGGGCGCGCUACGAGGACUACGGCGGCACCGAGGAGCAGCCCGAGUACCCGGCCCAGGGCUUCUAUCCAGCCCCGGAGAGGCCCUAUGCGCCGCAGCCGCAGCCGCAGCCUCAGCCCUCCGACGGCCUCGAUCGCCGCUAUUCGCACAGCCUGUACAACGAAGGCACAGCGGGCUUCGAGCAGGCCUACCCCGACCCCAGCACCGAUGCGGCACAGACUCCCAACGGCGCGGGCGGCGCCUAUGCCGGCGAUCCCCGCCUCGGCUGGUACCCGCCCUACGCCGCCAACGUGCCGCCCGAGGCCUACGUCCCGCCGCGUGCAGUGGAGCCGCAGCCCCCGUUCCGCGUGCUGGAGCCGCCCUACCUGCCGGUGCGCAGCUCCGACGCGCCCCCACCGGGUGGGGAGCGGAACGGCGCGCAGCAGGGCCGUCUCAGUGUGGGUAGUGUGUACAGACCCAACCAGAAUGGUCGCGGCCUCCCUGAUUUGGUCCCAGACCCCAACUAUGUGCAAGCAUCCACGUAUGUGCAGAGAGCCCAUCUGUACUCUCUGCGCUGUGCUGCAGAGGAGAAGUGCCUGGCCAGCACAGCCUAUGCCCCUGAGGCCACCGAUUAUGACCUGCGGGUGCUGCUGCGCUUCCCCCAGCGCGUGAAGAACCAGGGCACAGCAGACUUCCUCCCCAACCGGCCACGCCACACCUGGGAGUGGCACAGCUGCCACCAACAUUACCACAGCAUGGAUGAGUUCAGCCACUAUGACUUGCUGGAUGCAUCUACGGGCAAGAAGGUGGCCGAGGGCCACAAGGCCAGCUUCUGUCUGGAGGACAGCACCUGUGACUUUGGCAACCUCAAGCGCUAUGCAUGCACCUCUCACACACAGGGCCUGAGUCCAGGCUGCUAUGACACAUACAACGCAGACAUCGACUGCCAGUGGAUUGACAUAACUGAUGUGCAGCCUGGGAACUACAUCCUCAAGGUGCAUGUGAACCCCAAGUACAUUGUUUUGGAGUCCGAUUUUACCAACAACGUGGUGAGAUGCAACAUUCACUACACAGGUCGCUACGUUUCUACAACAAACUGCAAAAUUGUCCAAUCCUGAUCUCUGAGGGGAGAGACAACCAAUAUCUCUGCUUGCAAAGCAGGCCCUGCUCCCAGGCAGCCUCCCCCAAAAGUCCAAUGCCCUAGCCCAUGGGCAGGAGCAGCAGGAUGCUAGGGGCGUCCCUCCCUGCCGGCCUCAGGGAGUGAAGGUGGAACGAAACCAAGGGACUCUGGAUGCCAGGCCCCAUUUUGUACCUAACUUUCCUGUACAACAUCGUUUUGUCGGUUGUUUGUUUUUAAGUUUUAUAUUUUGGCCAUCCCACACAGCAAGAUUGCCCAGGUGCUGAAUAAAACAAGGUUUUUCUAUUCUGGA